UCCUCCUCCUCCCGCUCUAUCUCUUUUGUCUUCUUUCUCGACACGCGGCUUCCUUCCUCCUCUCUUUCUCACCCCCAUUCUCUCUCUACUGUAUUUAGCGAUUUCAGUUUGACGUCUCCUUCUAUAUUUGGAUUUUACUUUUACACAUAUACAUGACCGAGAGUAUAUGUAUAUGCAUAUGCAUCACUGUAUUAUACAUGUAUCCUUGUCUGUUUAUACUUCUGCUCUGGGUCAAAGAUUAGAUUCUUUAUCGUCUCUUUUUCUAUUUCUGUUCAAAAUCGGAUUUGAGUGUUGUUUUUCCACUCUCUAUCUCGUUUGCUUUCUGGUUGCUCUUAUAUAUAUAUAUAUAUAUUGCCUUAGACCUAGGGUUUCUAUACAUUCUAUUCUUGAUUGAAUCAGUUCUUAUUCUCUAAUCGUUCUUGAAUUUUUUUUUGGCUUAAACUUUUCUUGUUUGUUAUAUAUACCCCGAUAGAUGUAGUUUUUAUUGCAAGCUUUGUAAGUUUGUGUCUUGUUUGAGCCCCAGAUUAUUGUUUCCCUCGGGUUUUUUUUUUUUUUUUUUCACACGGGAACCUCUGAGAUUUUGGUGCUUUGUUUUAGUUUGCGAUCGAGAAUUGGGGGUUUCUCGUAGGACUUCAUCCUGUUUUGGUUCUUGAAUACAUCUGUAAGUCCACACCACGAUUCCUAGUUUUAGGGUUUGUUUUCUUUUGUGCUCAUUAGGUGGUUGGAGACACAAUGCCAUUGAAUUUUUCGCAUCUUUCAUACAGAUAAGAGUCUGUCUUCUGUGAAAAACAUGGGUAAUGGGUACCUAAUGGAGGGGUACCCAGAUAAGAAUUUGGAUAGUUUUAGUGAUUAUUUGGAUUUUUUGUGGGAAUCUGAGAAGCUCUCUGAUGAUAUUGUUGAUUUAUUGCCCUCUAAUCCUUUUGAUAUGGAUAUGACUGCUACAUUGACAGCGAUCACGGGUUGGUUUGAAGAUCUUGAGAUGGAUUUUGGAUCGAAGGCCCUUGGGUUUGGGAAUGAUGAAAACGAGAUCAAGAAAGGGGAACUGAAUAUGGUUUGGAAUGGUGUCAUGUUUUAUCCAGAGUUGGGUGGCCUGACGACAGAUGGAGAAUUAAUUGGGUCAUCAAUGGAUGACGAACCACGGGAUGAGUUGUAUGGUGGUUCUUCUUCACUGGAUAGCAACAUUAUGGGUAUUUGCUAUGACAAACACUGGAUUUCCAGCGCUGCUACAAAACAACAUCAAGGGUCCACAACAGAUAGUGAUGGAGGUGCUCCCCAUGAUGCUUUGUUUUUUGUUCUUGGCUAUCUGGGUGUGAGGGACCUUCUGUCUGUUGAAAGAGUUUGCAAAUCUUUGCUUGAUGCAGUGCGAACCGAUCCUCUUAUAUGGAGAAGUAUUCACAUAGAUCAUCCUUUAAGUUAUAGGAUCACUGAUGAUGCUCUUUCACUACUAACUAGCAGAUCUCAAGGCAAACUUCAGUGCUUGAGUCUCUUGAAGUGCUUCAAUAUUACUGACAGUGGCUUAAAGUGUGUGCUGGAAAGCAAUCCAGGGCUUACGAAGCUAAGCGUGCCAGGAUGUGUGAAGCUCACUGUUGAAGGUAUUCUUUGCAACUUAAAAGAGGUUCUCAAUUUUUCCGUCACACCUGGAAUAAAGCGCCUAAGAAUUGGUGGGAUUUUUGGCGUGACGAACAAGCAUCUUGAGGAGUUCAAGUUUUUGUUAGGGGCAGACAACCACAAGCAGCUCAGUGCCCACAAACCACGGUUUCACUGUGCCAGGCAGUUGUAUCUCUCAGUUGAUGAUGAUCGUGCAAUUGAUAUUGAAACAUGUCCUAAAUGCCAGAAACUCGGACAGGUGUAUGAUUGCCCGUUGGAAAGUUGCCAAGUGACACAUCAUGGCACACAGUUGUGCAGGGCUUGCACUCUUUGCAUCGCACGUUGUAUCAGUUGUGGGCGUUGCCUUAAAGGAUGUGAAUAUGAGGAGACAUUAUUUUUAGAUUUGAUUUGUUUUGAUUGUCGUAAGCAGCUUCUAAAUUGCCAGGAGAUGCAGGAGGAAAUGAGGACUCCCCAUCAGCAGCAGGCAAGUUACCAUUUUUGUCUCUAUGUCUAGGAGUAGGAGAGAUUAAUGCUUAAUAUGCGUCGUCCUGGCUUCGGGGUCUGCAUCAUUGGCAGCAGUCCAAGUAUCUGAUACCAAGCUGCCUUGAAGAUUUUGAUAAGGAGGUGGAUGAAAGAAAAACAGCAGCAUAACAGACUGCCACCUAGAGAGAGAGUUGUUGGGACUGAAAAGAUAGACAAGGGAGGAAUGUUGAAAAUUCCGAUUUUGAAAGAUAUGAAGGUAUUCCGAUUAGUGUUUAGCUAAAAACGGAUGGAUUGCUGCUGGUUAGAAGUAGUAUAUUCUGAUAUUUUUAUCAUCUGUUUCUUUUAUGGUUGUAACCACUUCAAUAUUUACACAAUAAAUAAUAAUCUGUGUAUGUAGUACUUUAAAUUCUUAUCGCCUUUU